CGAUCUAUUCUUUCACAGCAAAGUACAAUAGUAUUGUUUCCCUGCUUAACCCACAUUGAAGACUACACUAAAAAACAAAAAAAUUAUCAUUGUCAUCAAAUAUUCUCCCUUGAACGUGUGUCAGCAAGGAAAAGUAGUGUGUCAUGUGGAACUCGAGUUCUCUGUGACACACGCAAUAACUUUUCUGACACACGUUUGUGUGAGAAUGUUUCCUAAAAUUAUUAGAAUAUCAGGCUAACUUAUCCUACGUUUCAUUAGACAUAUCUAGGCUCAUAUCUCUCUGACAUCCUACUCCAUCCCAAACUAGAAUAUCAUUUGUUGUUGUACUAUUCUAGAUUGUGAGGAUGAAUUUCUUCUCUGGUUGUUCAUAUUUUUUUCCUCCUCUAUUAUCGCUUCUGCUUGGCAACUUAUAGACUUUUUUUGUACAUAACCAAUAUUCGUUGUCAUAUUUGCUGUCAAAAUUGAUAAUGACGGCGAUGCCUCAUUUACUGUAUUUAUUGUUGUACUAUCUUUCCUUCCCUCAGUCUGAUUACAAUGCACAAAUUGAGCUAGUUCAUCAUUGUACGAAAGAGUAUUUUCUAAUGAUCUAUGAAAGUAUCUAGUAACAACUUCAAGAUGUUCAUUAUUUAACCAAUCUGGCUUAUUAUCUCUUUGUUCCUGAUUCAAAUUGACCAACAUUAAGUGUAGACUAUUGAAGUCAGGUCUUGAACCAUACAUAGUCCAAAUUUCUUCCCAUUUCUCUUCUGUUUUUACAAAUUUUUGAUUCUGUGUUUUUCUAUAGUAUUAGUUUAGAAUACUAUAAUAGAAUAUUUUUCCGCUUGUAUUCUGACAGAAUAAAGCUUAUAUCAAUUACUUUAAUAUCCUAACGUGUUUAUUUUCGUGUUCUAGGACAACUUUAUAUUGCCAAUUAUGAUUUUAAUGAUGCACAAACGAAUGGAGAACUUAGCUUUCGACAACAAGAUAAACUGGAAAUAAGCGAUCGACAUACAUAUAAUGAAUGGUGGUUUGCAAAAAAUUUGAGAACCGGACAAUCUGGUUAUGUACCUGCUAACUAUAUAUCGCCAAUAAAUGAUUUAACAUCGAUGGAGUGGUAUUUUACUGAUACAAAUCGUCGAGAUGCUGAACGUUUUCUAGAACAACCACAUAAUGGCAAAGGAACAUUUUUAAUUCGACCAUCAGAUUCGAAUCAAGGACAAGAAUCAUUAUCUGUACUUGAUCUAAGUUCCGACAAACAUUUUCAUGUUAAACAUUAUCGUAUACGUUGUGUUGAUUCAAGCUUAUAUUAUAUAAAUAGCAAAAUUUUAUUUCCAACAUUACAUGAACUAGUUAAAUAUUAUCAAACUAAACAAGAUCGCUUAUGUUGCUUAUUAAGCCGAGCUUGUCCUAAAAUAAAGCCCGCAUUAGCCGAUAUUGAUCGUCACGAUUUGUUAGAACUUGAUCGUAAACAACUAGAGAAAGUCGAAUUAUUAGGUAAAGGUAAUUAUGGUGAAGUUUAUCAUGGAAAAUAUGGUACUCGUAAUGUGGCAAUUAAAUAUAUGAAAACUGAUAUAAAAAAUCGUUCAUCAAAUGUUAAGAAAUUCCUUGAUGAAGCUAAAAUUAUGAAAGAUUUAAAUGAUAAAAAUAUCGUACGAUUGUAUGGUGUAUGCACAAAAGAAGAACCGAUUUUUAUCGUUACAGAAUAUAUGACAAACGGUUGCUUGUUAAAUUAUUUACGUAAACAUGGAAAAACUUUAAAAUCGAGUAACCUUGUUGAUUUCGCUAUACCAAUUGCUAAAGGAAUGUGGUACCUUGAACAACGACAAUUUGUUCAUUGUGAUCUAGCAGCACGUAAUAUUUUGGUUGGCGAACAAAAUACUGUCAAAAUUGCUGAUUUCGGCUUGGCCAGAGUUGUACAAGAUGGGCGUUUACUUGUUGAUCGUGAAUCACAAUUUCCAAUAAAAUGGAUGGCACCCGAAGCAGCAACAAAAAAAGAAUACACAACUAAAAGUGAUGUAUGGUCCUACGGAAUUUUACUCUACGAAUUAAUAACAAGAGGUUCAAAUCCUUAUCCAGAUAUGAACAAUAACAAAGCGUUACAAGCUGUUUUGAAUGGUUAUCGUAUGCCACAACCACCAGACUGUCCUGAUUCAUAUUAUUGUAUUAUGUCCAGUUGUUGGCAAGAAAACCCGGACAAUCGUCCUACAUUUGAAAAUUUGUAUAAUCGUUUUGACGAUUAUGAAAUUCAAGCUGAACCCAAUUAUAGAGAGACAUAA